CGCGUACACAGAGACACACACAGUGUGCGCGCGUACACAGAGACGUGUGCGCGCAUUGGGAAGGCGUGGAGUGGAGGGGGAGAGGGUAGGGGUAGGAAGGAAGGUCCCAGGAGGUGGGAAGUUGGGCACAGCUCCGGCUCAGAGGCAGUGUGUAGUGAGUGUUUAAUAGUCCUGUCAUGACUGACUGCUCUGCACUUUUGUUCCAGCCAUGCUGCGGUGUGUGUAUGUGUGUGUGUGUGGUGUGUAUCUCUAUUAACGACCUCUGCUUCCUGCGAGAUGAAUCCUGCACUUAAAGAUUUUGAUGUUUACUUCCCAAAGAUUGAUGGCUAUCAAUAAACGAUGGCUGUUGAGUAAGAUGAUCAUUGUGAGGAAGACAAUUGACACUGCGUAAUCAAUUUAAAAAGGAAAAAUAAACCUUGGUUUCAGUGUAUGGCUAAGAUGUCUAGGUGUGUCUCUGCAUGCCUGUGGUUGGCUGUGGUACUGCUCCCUACACUGCAAGCUAGAGUGACUGCCCCAGCUCACCUGCAGGCGAUGCUGGGCCAUUCUGUUAUUCUAAGCUGUAAUGUGACCAUAGAAGGUGGUGAAGUCCUCAAACAGGUUCGCUGGCUGGAUUUGCACAACAAAAGUGUCCUCCAUUACCAACCCGAGAAGCCUGGCAGUCUCACCAGGCGAGAUGGUGUGGAGCUCAUCAACCAGCAAAUGCACACAAGCGCUAUUUCCAUUGAGUUGACCAAGCCGGGGGAUGAAGGCUGCUACACAUGUGUGUUUGAUGUGUACCCAUCUGGCCAGCAGAGGGGGAAGACUUGCCUCAUUUUAAAUGCAAAAGCGGAGUCAGUGGGCAACAAGACAGCAGUGCACGGGAAGCAUGUGACACUCUCGUGCACUUACCCACUCGCCAGCAGGGUCCGUCAGAUCCUAUGGAGUAAAACGGCGGAGCAGGGUGACACUGCCCCUGUGGCCUCGUACACCUUGAACGGCAAACUGAACGUGGAGCUGCCAUUCCAGGAGCGGGUGAAGCUGAGCCAGACGUUGGGACACAGCCAGUUAACCAUCGACCCCGUUCACAUGGAGGAUGAGGGAUGUUACACCUGUGAUUUCCACACGUACCCGGAGGGCUUGAGGAGUGUCACAGCAUGUCUGGCUAUCUAUGUCCUGCCCAGACCCGAGGUGAGCUACGCCACCACGGACAAAGGAGUAAUCCAGGCCAACUGCACAGCCGUGUCUCGUCCUCCUACAGAGCUCGUCUGGAAUGUGGAGGGUCAUAACCGCACUCUGGCGCCCUCCGAGACCUCGGUUUACCAUCAGGGAGACGGCACUACACUGGUGGUCACCACCAUAGAGUUUCUGUCACAACUGCUGGACGAGGAGCAAGUCACAUGUACGGCGCUCCAUCAGGGCCUGGAGACGAGCAUUUCUGUAGCCCUGAACAAGGCUGGAUUUAAGAAAAUUAUCAUCAUCUCAGCGGGGCUCGCAGUGCUCGCACUGCUCAUAUGCCUGUGUUUGUGCAUGAAGAGGCGAUAACGACGUACUCCGAGAUGACUGAGAUGAACCCAACAAAAACGCUGCUAUGACUGGAGAAAGCCACAGUCUGUCUUAUAUAUAUAGUGUUUUAUGAAUGUACUAAUGAGCGUAUGGUUUUUCUACGGCAUUUAAAUGGUCAUUUCAACUAAAACGCUAUCACUGGAAACACUAAGCUUCUUUCUGUUUUGAUGUAUUUUCACUUUCAUUAUGAAUUUCAUUGAACUAAUGAAACUAAUCUGAUUAGUAAUCUUAUUGUUGGCAUUGUUAAUGUUGAUUUCAAAUAUGUAAUAAUAAUAAUAAUAAUAUUAAUAAUACAAUAAAUCCACGUUUUUUUUUGUUGUUUUUUUUAUGAGUGAACAUGUUUUUAUAAAUAUUGCUCUGUGAGAAGUCUUAUACUCCCUGCGUAUGCAUCUCCACUAGAUGGAAGUGUACUCAUAUCUGGAGGUUGCUUUUCAACAUCUAGAGUAUCUACACUGACGGGAUACAACUGACUCGACGACUUCGGUUUUCUUCAAUUAAGAGCUUUAAUGGAUGAAAACAAGAAAGUUUGAACGUACUGUGCAACUAAAUAAUACUAACUUUGCUCAAAUGACAUGGAGUCCCUAAGGUAGACCUGAUAUGUCUCGGGUAAAAUGUGGUUUUUUUUUUUUUUUUUUUGUGG